GUACUGGUCUGGAGGAAACGCCGAGAGGUGGGAGUGCCUGGGGAGGGAGGGAGGCAGGCGGUCCCUGCAGCGGGCGCGGGGAGCUGCCUUUCCGCCCCUCCGCUGCUUUCCCAGCCUGGGCUCCUCGCAGUGGCUGGAGCAGCGGAGCCUUCAGGAGCCUGUGCAUGAGCCCUCCUCCUCUCCCUCCUCCUCCUCCUCCUCCUCCUCCUCCUCCUCCUCCUCCUCCUCCUCCUCGCGGAGUCUCCUCCUCGGCGCUGACGGUACAGUGAUAGGAUGACGACGGGUGUCACAACCCGCAUUUGAACUUGCAGGCGAGCUGCCCCAAAGCCUUUCUGGGGAGGAACUCCAGGCGGGGCCGGGCGAAACAGCCGCGAACAUUAAGCGCCGUCAGGCGCUGGGACUUGGAUCGGUGGUCAACCCCGCAACCUCCCGCAUCGUCCGGCACCGUCCCGCGCCCUCCGCACCCUUCCCCGGCCACCGCGCUUCCUAUGUGACCCGCCCGGGCGCGCCGAGCCCGUCCGCGCAGCGCUGCGGGGAAUCGCAGCCCACAAACUGCACUAAGCCGCCUCUCAAGGACAAGAUGUUGAUUAAUAUAAAGAGCAUCUUAUGGAUGUGCUCUACCUUAAUAGCAACCCAUGCACUACGUAAAGUCAAAAUGGAAAAAAGCCCACCUGUGAAGGGCUCCCUCUCUGGAAAAGUCAACUUACCUUGUCAUUUCUCAACCGUGCCUACCUUACCACCUAAUUAUAACAGCAGUGAAUUCCUCCGAAUCAAAUGGUCUAAGAUUGAAUUGGACAAGAGUGGAAAGGACUUAAAGGAGACUACUGUUCUUGUGGCUCAAGAUGGGAAUAUCAAGAUUGGCCAGGGCUACAAGGGGAGAGUGUCGGUGCCUACACAUCCUGAGGACGAGGGUGAUGCCUCACUCACCAUGGCCAAACUGCUUGCCAGUGAUGCGGGCCUCUACCGCUGCGAUGUCAUGUACGGGAUUGAAGACACACAGGAGGCGGUGCCAUUGACCGUGGAUGGGGUUGUGUUUCACUACAGGGCGGCAACCAGCAGGUACACUCUGAAUUUUGAGAAUGCACAGCAGGCUUGUUUGGAUGUUGGGGCAGUCAUAGCAAGUCCAGAGGAGCUCAAUGCUGCCUAUGAAGAUGGAUUUGAGCAGUGUGAUGCAGGUUGGCUGUCUGAUCAGACCGUUAGGUAUCCCAUCCGGACUCCUCGAGAAGGCUGUUAUGGAGAUAUGAUGGGGAAGGAAGGUGUCAGGACCUAUGGAUUCCGUUCUCCUCAUGAAACUUAUGACGUGUAUUGCUACGUGGACCAUCUGGAUGGUGAUGUGUUCCACAUCACGGCUCCCAAUAAGUUCUCCUAUAAGGAGGCCGAGGAAGAGUGUGAAAACCAGGAUGCCCGGCUGGCGACAGUGGGGGAGCUCCACGCGGCGUGGAGGAAUGGCUUUGACCAGUGCGAUUACGGGUGGCUGAUGGAUGCCAGCGUUCGCCACCCUGUGACUGUGGCCAAGGCCCAGUGUGGAGGUGGUUUACUUGGGGUGAGAACCCUGUAUCGUUUUGAGAACCAGACAGGCUUCCCUUCCCCUGAUAGCAGAUUUGAUGCCUACUGCUUUAAACCCAAACAGAAUAUAUCAGAAACUACAACCAUCGAUAUGAAUAUCCUUACAGAAACUGCAUCACACAGUUUAUCCAAAGAACUGCAAACAGUACCUGACAGAACUACACCAAUCACCCCCUUACCCACUGACUUACCUGUCAUUACAGCUAAGUUCCCUGCUGUGGGAAACAUAGCCAGUUUUGAGCAGAAAUCCACUGCUCAGUCUCCAGUGGUCACACACAGAUUAGCCACUGAUCCACCCACACCUCCUGGGAGAACCAUAUCUGAAAUUAAGGAAGAAGUGCCCCAGAGUACAACUGCCACCUCCCGUCAUGCUACUGAUUCAUGGAAUGAUAUCAUGGAAUAUAUGCCAACACAAGAAUCAGUUACACAAAUUGAACAAAUAGAAGUGGGUCCCUUGGUAACUGCUAUGGAAAUCUCAAAGCACAUUCCUUCCACAGGAUUCUCUGUAACUGAAACACCUUUUGUAUCUACAAUGGAACCCAAAACUGAAAAGAAAAGAGUAAGCACUGCUUCUGAAUUAGUGACCACAACCCGCUAUUUCACCUUGGGAGAAGCUGGUGAUGGUGGUGAAGACAGAACAUCUACAGUUAGAUCUGGCCAUAGCACCUUGGUCUUCAGCCAAAUACCUGAAGUCAUUACAGUGUCAAAGACUUCAGAAGACACCACCCCCAGUCAACUAAUACCAGCAUUGAGAACAGGUACUUAUACCAAUGAUGAAAUACAGGAAAAGGUCACCAUCGACCCAUUUAUAGGAAAAAUAGAGGAAGAAGACUUCUCUGAAAUGACGUUCUCUACAGCUUCCUCAGAGCCUUUGGUAGAAACGACCAAAUCCUUUGAUUCACCAACACUGACAACAGCAAAGCUAAGCGUUGUGCCAACAGGGGCAAGAGAUGUGGAGGAAGACUUUACAAGAACGCCAAUUGGAUUAGAAACAAAUGGCUAUCAAGACACUACACAGUAUGAUGAGGGGAUGACAAAAGUGCAUUCAACCCACAGCACUUCAAGUGUGGAGGUAGUCACUGUAUCAAAAUGGUCAUGGGAUGAAGAUAAUAUAACCUCAGAGUCGUUAGAGUCCACAGAACAUGCACAUUCUCCAAAAUUGCCCCCGGCCUUACUCACCACUAUAGGAGUGAGUAGAAAGGAUAAAGAAACCCCAGGUUUUACUAAGGAUGAAGGAGAUGAGUUUAAUCUUGUCCCAGAUAGUACUCAAAUGCCAUUAGAGAAGUUUACUGAAGAAGAAUCCACAGACCGUGGGAAAUUCACAAUUAGAUUUCAGCCAACUACAUCAACUGGCAUUACAGAAAAGUCUACAGCUGAAGAAAGAGUUCCCCCUGUCACAAGCAUGGAAGAUCGAGCUGCUCAUGCAACUGUAGAAGGAAGUGCUUUGGCUAAAGCAGAAGAUAUGGAUGUCUCUGAGCCUGUGUCUACUGCCCCUCAGUUUGCACACACUUCAGAUAUGGAAGGAUCAACAUUCGUUCAUUAUAGUAGCACCCAGGAGUCUACUUAUGUGAGCACUUCCCAUACUGUUCUUCUUUCUGUAAGUCCCAAGGCAGAAUGGGGAGUGUUGGUACCUUCUGUGCCCUCAGAAGGUGAAGUUCUAGGUGAGCCCUCUCAAGACAUCCGUGCCAUUGAUCAGACUCACCUGGAAGCAACAAUUUCUCCUAAAACUAUAAGAACGACAACAGAAAUUGCACAGAGAACCACUCGGGAAGAAUUUCCUUGGGAAGAUCAGACUUCAGAAAAACCAGUCCCUGCCCUUGGUUCUGCAGCUGGCACAGCCAAGGAGGCAGCACCGCCUUUGGAUAAACACGAAAGUGACGGGUCAGCAUACACUGCUGCUGAAGACCGAUGGGUGACGAGUUCUGAGAGAGUCCCAAUUUUAGAAACAACUCCAAUUGGGAAAGUUGAGUACACUCUGUCUUAUCUACCUGGUGCUGACACUGAGCACAAAGCGAAAACAGAUGAAGUGGUAAGGCUAACACCAAGCAUGGGGCCAACAGUAUUUUUAAGUCCUGGGGUUGAACAAAAAUAUGAAACAGAAGAAGAAGCCACUACUGAGGAAAGAGAUUAUAUUGAGUUAGGUUCAGAAUUAUUCGAGAAGCCCAAAGUCACAGCACUCCCAGAAUUUUCAACAAUUAAAGCCACAGUUCCAAGUGAGAUGACUACUGCCUUCAGCUCAGUAGACAGACUUCACACAACUUCAGCAGUGAAGCCCUCUUCAGCACCCACUGAGGAACCGCCCCUCAUCGACAGAGAACCCGGUGCAGAGACAACCGGUGGCAUGGUAAUCCUUGCAGAAUCAACAGCACGUGUUCCUACCACUACCCUUGAGGAUAAGGAAACAGAAACCGAUAUCGAUAGAGAGUAUUUCACAACGUCAAGUCCUCCUUCUGUCACACAGCCAGCGAGGCCACCCACUGUGGAAGGCAAAGAGGCCUUGGGUCCUCAGGCACUUUCCACUCCAGAACCCCCAACGGGGACAAAAUUCCACUCUGACAUAAAUAUUUACAUUAUUGAGGUCAGAGAAAACAAGACAGGUCGAAUGAGUGAUUUGAGUGUAAUUGGUCAUCCAAUAGAUUCAGAAUCUAAAGAAGAUGAACCUUGUAGUGAAGAAACAGAUUCAGAGCACGACCUAAUUGCUGCCAUUUUACCUGAGUUAAUUGACAUAGAUAUAUACCACAGUGAGGAGGACGAGGAGGAAGACGAAGACUGUGCAAAUGCUACUGACGUCACGACCACCCCAUCAGUGCAGUACAUAAAUGGGAAACACCUAGUCACCACUGUGCCCAAGGACCCAGAGGCGGCAGAAGCCAGGCGUGGCCAGUUUGAAAGUGUUGCACCUUCUCAGAAUUUUUCAGACAGCAGUGAGAGUGACACCCCUGAGUUUCCCAUGUCUGAAAGGGAAUCAUCUAUUGCUGUGCAGCCAAGUGAAUUUAAAGAAACCACAGAAUCGCUUGAAAUGACAUGGAAGCCUGAGACUUACCCUGAAACACCAGAACAUUUUUCAAGUGGUGAGCCUGAUAUUUUCCCCACAGUCCCAUCAUCACACAAGGGCCAAGCCACAGAGGGACCAGAAUCAGUCUCGGAUAAAGGUCCUGAGCCUGAGCAUUAUAGUCUGGUGCUUGAACAUACUGAACCUGGAUCCCUCUCUUCUGAAGAGUCUUCAGGAGAUGCUGAGGUCAGCCAAGAAUCCUCAGAAAUGAUCUUUUCAAGGACCAUGGAAGUAACACUUGGUGAAGAGGCAGAAAAAAGUACUUCUACCACCUAUAUUCCAAGUACAGUUCCAAGUUCUAUGUCAGCAAAUGUGUUGGAGGAAGUAUCAGUCACGUUAACAGGAAACCACAGGCCUGUUGACCCAUUGGCCACUAUGGAAAACUGGGUAGAAACAACCCCUGGAAAAAUUGUAGAGCUCUCUGGGAAUCCUUCAAUUCUGAUUCCAGAAGGCUCUGGGGAAGAAGAAGAUAAAGAUAAAAUGUUCACCGUGGUAACCCAUUCAUCACAAAGAAAUACUACCAGUACACUGGUUACUUUAGACACUGGCAAAACAAUGACCACAGACAACUUUUUUGGUGUCCCUGCAACUGCCAUUUACUUGGUUUCUGAACAACCUUCUACAGAAGUAGUGCCCACAAAAUUGGUACAGGAAACAGACACGAUUGAGUGGGCUUUUAGUACAUCUCUUGAGGGAAAGCAAAGGAAAGGUGAGGAGGAGGGAACUACAGCUUCUACAGUUCAGCUACAUAUGCCUACACAGAGAUCAGACCAGUUAGUUUUAUCCUCUGCAUUAGAAAACACAAAUGAAGCUACAUCUAGUGAUUCAGCAUCUGCUACCAGGAACAGUGUCAUGUACUUAACAACAUCCACACAGUCUGAAAGAGAAAUGACAAGUUCUAAUUCUUUCUUUCCAGAAACGGAUGUUUUAGACAAUCUGGGGACACAGACCACCAAGACCAGCAGUAGCAGUCAACCUGGGGUUCAGGAAGGACAGGCCACUGUGUCAGGUAGCCCCGGCUCUCUCUCUAUGGAGCAGGGCUCAAGAGAAGCUGCCACUGACCCAGCAACUACCGUUCCUUCAUUUUCAUUAAAAGUAGAGCCUGAAAUUCAAGUUAAAAAGGAAAUAGCUAGUACUAUGUCUCCCCUUGUGGAAACUGUAUUACCUUUUGAGCCACCAGGACUAGAUUUGAGUAAUGUAACGGACAGAGAGGUUAUUGAAGUUAUAAGCCAAACAUCCAAGGAAAGCCUUAUGUCAGAGGUUUCAGUAGAAUCAAAUCAUGGGACAGAAAUAAAGGGCUUCUCUACAGAUUUUCCAUUGGAGGAAGACUUCAGUGGUGAUUUCAGAGAAUACUCGACGGUUUCUAAAAUUGUAACAAAAGAAGAAACAGUAAUGAUGGAAGGCUCAGGGGAUGCAGUAUUUAAAGAUACCCAGGUUUCACCAUCGUUAAUCCCUACUUCAGGCCACAUCAAUCACACAGCUGACCCAGAAGGACCUGGUGGCAGCUUUGUCAGCACUUCAGCCUUCCCUUGGGAAGAGUUCACAGCCUCAGGUGAGGGCUCAGGUGAGCAAGUGGUCUCAGCCAGCAGCUCUGCUGACCAAGUGUUUCCCAGUGCUGUGGGAAAUGUUUUUGGUACAGAAUCUCCAUUUGUUGACCAAGUUUUGGGAGAAGAAGGUACUACCCAAGAAGCUGAUAAGAGAGCCACCAGUUUACCAACAGCAGAAGCUGAAGGCACUGAAGCUCUAACAGAAAAGGGGGAUGUGAAGGUUGAUGGCACAGUUUCAGUGGACUUUUCCCAGAUGAUAGAGCCAACCAAACUGUGGUCCAGGCAAGGAGUUACUACUAUAGGACAAGAAAUUGAAAUCAAAACAACAUCAGAGGAAAAGAUUCAAGAACAAAAAUAUUUUGAAUCCCCCCAAAGCUCUGUUGCACCAGAGCAAACCAUUUUUUAUGAAACUGGGUUUCCAACCACAGAUUACUCUAUACUAACAACAAAGAAAACUUAUGAUGCUGAUGAGGAAAUGGAAAAGGAAGGCAUUUCCGUAGUUGACAUGUCUACUCGAGAUCCAGGAGUAAAGGAUGUGGAACCCUACACUACUCUCCCUGAAGUUACUGAAAAAUCCCAUUUUUUCUUGGCUACUACCUCAGUGACUGAAUCUAUACUAGAUGGAAGUAUAGUUACAGAUUCAUUAAUCAAAGAGAAAGAAAAUAUAAAACCCUUCCCCAAAGUUAUGAAGCCAGUAAUUAAAGAGUCAGAUACUAAUUUAUUCUCUGGCCUGGGAUCAGGAGAAGAAGUUUUGCCUACCACAGUGUCAAUGAAUUUUACUGAAAUGGAACAAAUCAUUAGCACAUUAUAUCCCAAGGCUUCUCAAGUGGACAGCUUAGAAACUAGCAUCUCAAGUGAUCCCACUGAAGACUAUGAGGGAAUGGAAAAUGUGGCAAGUGAAAUUGGACUACUCAUUUCUAAAACAGACCACAUCUCUGAAUAUAGUGAGACAGCAUCCAGCACAACAUUACUAGAAAUUUUAAGGGACACCAGAACGGAAGGACCGUCUUUAGCAACUCUCACCUUCUCUGCAGACACUGAACAGCCUCAAAAUCAGACUCAGAGUUGGGAAGAAGAAAUUCAGACUAGUCAACCACAACCUACCACUGAGCAAAUCUCUAACAAGAAUUCUUCAGUAGCAGAAACUAGAGAAACAGCAACCUCUUCUACUGACUUUCUGGCUAGAACUUCUGGUAUUGGAAUGGCCAGAGGAUCUGUUACACCCACAACAAAACCAUCUGACUUGUUCCAUGAAUAUUCCGGAGAAGGAUCUGGGGAACUGGAUAUAGUUGACUUAGUCCACACUUCUGGAACCACUCAGGCAACCAGAAAAGGAAGCACCACAUUUGUUCCUAAUAGGCCCCUGGAGAAACAUCCUGAGGAUCCAAGUGCUAAAACCAUUACUGUUGAUGGGUUUCCAACAGGCUCAAUGGUGCCACCUCUUCAUCUAGAGCAGAAUGAAAGCUCCCCAGAUCCAACUAUCAUAGUGUCCAACACAGUGUCAUAUAAGAGGUCCACUGAGAGUGCAGAUAGUUUCCAUCACCACUUGGGGGGAUUUGAGGAUUCCACCUUAAAACCUGACAGAAAAAAAGCCACUGAAAAUAUUAUUAUAGAUCUGGACAAAGAGGACAAGGAUUUGUUAUUGACAAUUACAGAGAGUACCAUACUUGAAAUUCUACCUGAGCUCACGUCAGAUAAAAAUACUAUCAUAGAUAUUGAUCACACUAAACCCAUGUAUGAAGACAUCCUUGGAAUGCAAACGGACAUAGACCCAGAGACACCGUCAGGACUACAGGUCAAUAACGAAGACAGUGCUCAAACUCAACAGAAGCACGAAGCAGCUGCCAACCUAUCCUUAACUGUGGAACCAUUUGAAAGUUCUGGUGAUGCUCUUCUGGCUAGCUACACACAGGUGGCACAUAACGAAUCCAUGACUUCUGAAGACAGAAGCCAGUUCAAUCACAUGGGCUUUAUCUUCACAACUGGGAUCCCCAUCCCAAGCACAGAAACAGAAUUAGAUAUUUUUCUUCCCACAGCAACAUCCCUGCCCAUUCCUAGUAAGUCUGCCACAGUUGGCCCAAAUAUCGAAGAACUAAACACUGAAGUUAAAGCCCUGGAAGACAUAUUUGAAUCAAGCACUUUGUCUGAUGGUCAAGCUAUUGCUGACCAAAGUGAAGUAAUAUCAACAUCAGGUCAUUUGGAAAGGACACAGGAAGAGUAUGAAGAGAAGAAAUAUGUUGGUCCUUCUUUUCAGCCAGAAUUGUCUUCAGGAGCUGGGGAAGCACUAAUAGAUUCUACACCCCAUGUAAGUAUUGGUACUGUCCACCUCACGUCUCAGAGUUUAACAGAAGCAUCUCAUGUGGUGGAAGGAUCAAAUCCCCCAGAUUACACAGAUACAACAUCAGCAGUGUUGGCCUUUGUGAAGCUGUCCCCUGAGACAUCAUCUCCGUUCACUGUGCCCUUAGGCAGUGGAGCGUCUGAACACACAGAGAGCCCCCAGUCAAGUGCUCUGCCCAGUGUAGAUCCUGGCACAUCUCAAAUGUCCCCAGGAAAACUGGCAAAUAUUGAGGUGACUUUCCAACCAUCAAGUGAAGUGUACAGUCACAUAACUGGGCCUCCAUUCUCACCUGUUGCUACAGAGCCAGAAUCUUCAGAAGAUGAAACGAAACCCAACUUUUUAGAACAAAUGGAAGCUUUUCCCACAGAACUAAUUGUUGAACAAGGAUCUGAGAUUCUCCAGGAUUCCCCAAACAAAACCAAUGUUCAACUUUCUGGAGAAACAACCGAAGUAUUUUCUAGUGUGAGAACCCCUGAGGCUGAAACCAUUGUCACAGCUGCAGGUGAAAUUAAGUCAGAAGGUGCUACACUGGGGCCACACCCUACUUCAGCUUCUGCAACCACUGGGACUGGGGCAGGUGUGGUGCCUCAGACCAGCCCACAGACUUCUGAGAAGCCCACGGUUCCUUCUCUGGAAAUAAACUCUGAAACGCAGGCAGCUUUGACUAGAGGGCAGGAUUCCACAGUGACAGCAUGGGGACAGCAAGCGUCAACAAGAAUUCUUGAUUCCAACUCUCAAGCAACAACAGUGCGCACUGCAGAGUUAAAGAUUUCACUUCCAACACCACCACUUUACCUUCUGGAAGCUUCUAAUGAAACCGGCUUCCUGAUUGACAUGAAUGAAGAGUCAGUGGAAGGCACAGCAGUCUAUUUACCAGGACUUGAUCAUUGCAAAACAAACCCGUGCCUCAAUGGAGGCACCUGCUAUGCUACUGAAACUUCCUAUGUGUGUACCUGUGUGCCGGGAUUCACUGGGGACCAGUGUGAACUUGACUUUGAUGAAUGUCACUCUAACCCCUGUCGCAAUGGAGCCACGUGUGUUGACGGCUUUAAUACAUUCAGGUGCCUCUGCCUUCCCAGCUAUGUUGGUGCACUUUGUGAGCAAGACACUGAGACAUGUGACUACGGUUGGCACAAAUUUCAAGGGCAGUGUUACAAGUACUUCGCGCAUCGACGCACAUGGGAUGCAGCCGAACGGGAAUGCCGUCUUCAAGGCGCCCACCUCACCAGCAUUCUGUCUCACGAAGAACAAAUGUUUGUGAAUCGUGUGGGCCAUGACUACCAGUGGAUAGGCCUCAAUGACAAGAUGUUUGAGCAUGACUUCCGUUGGACUGAUGGCAGCACACUGCAAUAUGAGAACUGGAGGCCCAACCAGCCAGACAGCUUCUUUUCUGCUGGCGAAGAUUGUGUUGUCAUCAUUUGGCAUGAGAACGGCGAGUGGAAUGAUGUUCCCUGCAAUUAUCAUCUUACCUAUACUUGCAAGAAAGGAACAGUUGCUUGCGGCCAGCCCCCUGUUGUAGAAAAUGCCAAGACCUUUGGAAAGAUGAAACCUCGCUAUGAGAUCAACUCCCUGAUUAGAUACCACUGCAAAGAUGGUUUCAUUCAACGCCACCUUCCAACUAUUCGUUGCCUAGGGAAUGGAAGAUGGGCUAUGCCUAAAAUUACCUGCAUGAACCCAUCUGCAUACCAAAGGACUUAUUCUAAGAAAUACUUAAAAAAUUCCUCCUCAUCAAAGGACAAUUCAAUAAAUACAUCAAAACAUGAUCACCGUUGGAGCCGGAGGUGGCAGGAGUCCAGGCGCUGAUCCCUAUAAUGGCGAACAUGUGUUUUCAUCAUUUCAGCCAAAGUCCUAACUUCCUGUGCCUUUCCUAUCACCUCGAGAAGUAUUAUCCGUUGGUCUGGAUUGACGGACCACCGUCCAGUCAGUUGGGGUUGCUGCGCUCACAAAACAUCUUCAAUGAAAGCAUUGGCAUUCAAAAAGAAAGCACAUGAUGUGAAAGAGAACAAGGGCAGAGAGAAACCAUUUGCAGCCUAUCCGAGGUCUUCAGUCUUCUGUUUGCCUCCAGUGCAGACCGUUCUAUAAUGUAUACCAGCCUACUGUACUAUUUAAAAAGCUCCAUUUCAGCACCAAUGGCAAUGUAAAUAAGAUGAUUUAAUGUUGAUUUUAAUCCUGUAUAUAAAAUAAGAAGUCACACUGAGUUCUGGCAUAUUUAAUGAUGAUUAUGGAGCCUCCAAGGUCUUUAAUCAUUGGUUUGGCUGCUUUGGGUAGUUUGUUUAGGCUGGAAAUGGUUUCACAUGCCCUUUGCCUGUCAGCAAGACUGAGGACGGCUUUUCCUGGACAACUAACAAACACAAAGUCUUGUAGGCCACACUACACCAUCUCAGCCUUAGCUGCAGUUGGCUUCACGUGCUGCUGAAGCCUGGCUAACGGGACCUGAUGGGAUGAGGGAUUGCAAUGUGGAACUCUUUUUUGCUGCAUUCCUUUUCCUUCACUUACAAGAAAGGCCUGAAUGGAGGACUUUUCUCUGAUCAGGAGCAUUUUUUAGGGGUCGAAGUGCUAAUUAUUAACUCAACCAGGUCUACUAUUUAGUGACUUUCAUAACACUAACUUGCAAGGUUCCAGAUCAACACAUUUCAAACGGAUAUAGACCCAGGGCUCUGGAGGGUGGGGAAUUGUUAAAACAACGCACGUUCAAAGAAAGAAAUUUUGUAUAUAUAACCAUUUUAAUCUUUUAUAAAGUUUUGAAUGUUCAUGUAUGAAUGCUGCAGCUGUGAAGCAUACAUAAAUAAAUGAAGUAAGCCAUA